AUGGAUGAAAGAAAACAUUCAAUUUCUUCCUUCUUUGAUUUAGGAAUGCCAAGCAUUUUUGGAGCGUAUGCCCCAACUCCACCUUCAGCACAAGGUUUUGAAGGACCUUAUCAACAAUCCCCUGAUAAUAUCCAAUAUCAUAAUGAAACGGUGUCAUCCUCCGACACAUAUAAAACUCAUGAAGAUGUAGAGCAUCAUGAAGACCAACCUUCAGAGGAAGAAGCACCUAGACCGCCCCAGGGAAGGAGGAACCCAACUAGGAACAGAAGACCUCGUGCAGUGUCUUAUGCGUUCAUCUCCACAGAUUCAUUCUUAGCCAUUAGAUUUCGUUGUUCGACUGAUCAAAUCAAUGACAAGGUACUACAACCAACAAUGACAUCUACAACUUUCACAGUGUUGGUGUACUUCAAUGACACCAUCUUAAUGGAAGAAAACUACUCUGAAACAUACAUUAGCUCUCAAACGGCUUGGGUGGCCAUAACAAACACAAUGACUAUGGUCGAAGUGAAACAAACUAUUCUCAACCACUUCAAUAUGUCAACAGUAAACGAAUAUGAAGUCAACUUACAAUACAGGUUACCAAUUUUCAUAUAUGUCACCACUGCAGAUUAUAGAUCAUGUAAGAUAUUUGUAGAUGACGACGUCGAGGCAUUAUUUUUAAUGGCAACAGAACAAGCUACAAAAGUUCAAUCAUGGCAUUUAUUACAAAAAUCCACCAAAGCGAAAUCCGAAGUUUAUUAUGAUUUGGCUAAUAACUUUAAUCAGUCACUAAACUUAGAUUGA